UAUUGUAUUACAGACCCAUGAAUACACUGACUCUAACAGGCCAGUUCAGUUUUGCUGAAGUUCACUCCUGGGUGGUUUUUUGUCUGCCUGAAGUUCCAGAAAAACCUCCAGCAGGAGAAUGUGUGACAUUUUACUUUCAGAACACCUUUCUAGAUACACAACUUGAAAGUAUCUACAGAAAAGGAGAGGGAGUUUUUAAAUCUGACAACAUUUCUACUAUCUCCAUCCUAAAAGAUGUGCUUUCUAAAGAAGCUACAAAAAGGAAAAUUAACCUCAACAUAUCAUACGAGAUAAAUGAAGUAUCAGUCCAACACACUUUAAAGCUAAUCCACCCAAAGCUGGAGUACCAGUUGCUUUUGGCUAAGAAAGUGCAGUUAAUUGAUGCUUUAAAAGAAUUGCAGAUUCAUGAGGGAAAUAUGAACUUUUUGAUACCAGAAUAUCGCUGUAUUCUAGAAGAGGCAGAUCACCUACAGGAAGAAUACAAAAAGCAACCUGCACAUCUUGAAAGACUCUAUGGCAUGAUCACUGAUCUUUUCAUAGAUAAAUUUAAGUUCAAAGGCACCAAUGUAAAAACUAAAGUACCCCUUCUAUUGGAAAUUCUGGACAGUUAUGACCAAAAUGCAUUGAUUUCAUUCUUUGAUGCAGCAUGAAAUACAAAUAAGGUAAAGUCCCAAAGAAGUGGUCUGUUUAAAUGAAAAAUGUUAAAACAGAAUUAGAAGUUAACUGUGUACAUACUUUAAUUUCAACUGCUUUUUUAUAUCUAAAAAUAUUUGAGAUAUAAUGGCUUUUUAAAGUAAUGCUUCUGUUUCUUUUGACAAGUUGAACUUUCUAAAAGAGUUUUUAUUUUUAAAACACAAAUAGAAUGAUUUAAAUAGGAUUUUAAUGAAUUUUUGAUAAGUGGCUGUUUUAAUUUUUAAAUUGAGAAGUAAUAUGUGGAAAAUGAAAAUAUAUUCAAAUGUAUUACAAGGUACAUAAACACAUAAAUAUAUAAACUGCUUUAUAGGUUUCAAAAUGUAUUUUUAUGUAUUACCUUAUUUGAUCUUAACAACUGUUGUAUAAGUUUGUCAAAUCAUAUAAGAAAACUGAUUCUCAGUGAAAUUUUGUGAUUAAGAGGACAUGCUAGUAUUUUAUAAAGCUGGGACCAGAACCCAAGUACUGGUACUUGCUUUGUGUCCUGGUUACUAUGUAUGUUGCCAGCUAGUGGAAGUAACCUACCAAUUAUUUUUUCUAGGAGAUAGGAUUGAUUUGCAACUGAUUUUCCUUUUGCUUGGUGAUGUUUUAUGACUCUGCUGCAGUUUGUGGAAAUGCUGGACUUGGCUCAGUGCUAUAAAUUGUAGUCAGGGAAAUAAGAAGAGCUUACACAGAGUCAGGGGAUCUUAACUAGACAUGCUGUAACCAGUGGAGCUAUUCAAGCACGCUACAAGUGAAGAGUGCAGAAAUAGUGAUGCCAUCUUAGAUUUUCCUACACCAGUAUGAUCUCUUUUUAUCAUAUAUGACAUUAAGGCUACAGAAGUUUUGUACAUUAAUCUUAAUUCAUAUUUAUUAAUUUCAAAGAAAUAUUGAAACGUCUUAAAAUGGCAUAAAGAUAAUGGAAAAUAAGCUUUGUUUCAAGAAGGGCAGACUCACUAAUUUUUUAGAAAACAAUGCUUCUUAAUGAUAUGCUAUUAUACUUACUAGGUACGUGCAAGCUUUGUAUAUAAAUAUAAAAAUUUGUUACAGGCACAUAUAGUUAAGAGAAUUUUAUUUUAAUAAGAUCGUAUUGUUUUUACUAUAUUUAAAGAAACUUUACUUCUGAAAGGAACAUAAUUAUAUCUAGGUCACUAGAAUGUCAUUGUAUUUUUUGUUGGCUGCCACAGCUUGGGGAAAAAUAGAUAAAAAUUAAUGACUCUAUUUGAAUAUUUUGUAAUGCAUUGUAUAUUUAUUAUAUAUAUAUCAACAGUAGUUCAAGGUGGCACUUAAUUGCAUCUUCAUUAGGAAAAAUAAAAAGCAUAAAACACAAUUUCUGGUUACUAUGAAUAAAUGCCUAAAUGUUAAGAUGAUAUUACUACAGUCUGACACUUCAGUACUGUAUUACUAUGUGAGCUCUGUGUUAAUUUAUGCACAUUAUUUAAUCCUAACAACCGUAUGACUGUAGUUAUUAGUCCCUAUUAACAAAUAAGAAAACGGAGAAUCGGAGAUACUGAAAAACGUGGUCCAGAUUUUAGACCUUGGGAAAAAGUCACUUGAGCUAACUAGAGGUCCCAGAGCUAAAGGCUGGGCAGCCCAAAUGAUAGUCGCCAAAGUUUAAUUCCGUUUAAUUCCCUAAAAGGCUUAGAGUCAGUCUUUGGACCGCCUCGCUCUCUAGGUGGCUCAAAGUAAUCGGAAGCUCGGGCCCUGAGUACCCCUACCUCUCCCCGACCAGCGCAGGCGUUUUCUCCCGCCCCAGCCCCAGUUCGUUUCUCCCUCCUGCCCCGCCCCUGCUCAGUUUCCUUUGGUGCUUCCUUCACUCGCUUGCGACCCUGUCGCCUCGAAUGACGUCAAGGCUGCGAGCGCUUUCAUUGGUCCAUUUCAAUAGUCGCGGGAUACUUGAACUGCAAGAACAGCCGCCGCUCCGGCGGGCUGCUCGCUACAUCUCGGGGUGUCUUUGGCCCGCCACGCCCGGCCGUGCCUUCCUGCGCCUUUCGCAACCUCCUCGACCCUGCGUGGUCUCGAGCUGGGUGAGCGGGCGGGCGGGUAGGCUGGCCUGGGCUGCGACCGGCGGCUACGACUGUUCUUUGGCCGGGUGGGCUGGGCAGAGUGCACGCUGCUUGGCGCCGCAGGCUGAUCCCGCCGUCCACUCCCGGGAGCAGUGAUGUUGGGCAACUCCGCGCCGGGGCCUGCGACCCGCGAGGCGGGCUCAGCGCUGCUAGCAUUGCAGCAGACUGCGCUCCAAGAGGACCAGGAGAAUAUCAACCCGGAAAAGGCAGCGCCCGUCCAGCAACCACGGACCCGGGCCGCGCUGGCGGUACUGAAGGCCGGGAACCCGCGGGGUCUAGCGCAGCAGCAGAGGCCGAAGACGCGACGGGUUGCACCCCUUAAGGAUCUUCCUGUAAAUGAUGAGCAUGUCACCGUUCCUCCUUGGAAAGCAAACAGUAAACAGCCUGCGUUCACCAUUCAUGUGGAUGAAGCAGAAAAAGAGACUCAGAAGAAGCCAGCUGAAUCUCAAAAAACGGAGCGUGAAGAUGCCCUGGCUUUUAAUUCAGCCAUUAGUUUACCUGGACCCAGAAAACCAUUGGUCCCUCUUGAUUAUCCAAUGGAUGGUAGUUUUGAGUCACCACAUACUAUGGACAUGUCAAUUGUAUUAGAAGAUGAAAAGCCAGUGAGUGUUAAUGAAGUACCAGACUACCAUGAGGAUAUUCACACAUACCUUAGGGAAAUGGAGGUUAAAUGUAAACCUAAAGUGGGUUACAUGAAGAAACAGCCAGACAUCACUAACAGUAUGAGAGCUAUCCUCGUGGACUGGUUAGUUGAAGUAGGAGAAGAAUAUAAACUACAGAAUGAGACCCUGCAUUUGGCUGUGAACUACAUUGAUAGGUUCCUUUCUUCCAUGUCAGUGCUGAGAGGAAAGCUUCAGCUUGUGGGCACUGCUGCUAUGCUGUUAGCCUCAAAGUUUGAAGAAAUAUACCCCCCAGAAGUAGCAGAGUUUGUGUACAUUACAGAUGAUACCUACACCAAGAAACAAGUUCUGAGAAUGGAGCAUCUAGUUUUGAAAGUCCUUACUUUUGACUUAGCUGCUCCAACAGUAAAUCAGUUUCUUACCCAAUACUUUCUGCAUCAGCAGCCUGCAAACAGCAAAGUUGAAAGUUUAGCAAUGUUUUUGGGAGAAUUAAGUUUGAUAGAUGCUGACCCAUACCUAAAGUAUUUGCCAUCAGUUAUUGCUGGAGCCGCCUUUCAUUUAGCACUCUACACAGUCACAGGACAAAGCUGGCCUGAAUCAUUAAUACGAAAGACUGGAUAUACCCUGGAAAGUCUUAAGCCUUGUCUCAUGGACCUUCACCAGACCUACCUCAAAGCUCCACAGCAUGCACAACAGUCAAUAAGAGAAAAGUACAAAAAUUCAAAGUAUCAUGGUGUUUCUCUCCUCAACCCACCAGAGACACUAAAUCUGUAACAAUGAAAGACUGCCUUUGUUUUCUAAGAUGUAAAUCACUCAAAGUAUAUGGUGUACAGUUUUUAACUUAGGUUUUAAUUUUACAAUCAUUUCUGAAUACAGAAGUUAUGGCCAAGUACAAAUUAUGGUAUCUAUUACUUUUUAAAUGGUUUUAAUUUGUAUAUCUUUUGUAUAUGUAUCUGUCUUAGAUAUUUGGCUAAUUUUAAGUGGUUUUGUUAAAGUAUUAAUGAUGCCAGCUGUCAGGAUAAUAAAUUGAUUUGGAAAACUUCGCAA